UAUUGCCGAGUUGGUUGCAGUGUUUCGUUCAGUCAAGUUCAAGCGAGUCGAGCGUUCUGACCGUUCGAGCGUUCUGACUAUUGCCGCCGUCGUUGUUACAUUCACCAUUACGGUGGAAUCGUUGCUCCCACGCGUUCCCUACCUUCACGAAACUGUCGAGGAACCUGGAGAUUCAGGCUGAUCCAGUGAUCUACGCGUCUGACAGGAGUUGGAUGAUGCUAUCAAUUAGGGACGAAACAAUAACCGCAAAUUCGAGAACAGGCUCUUCGACCAAUAUCUGGCUUUAUCUCAGCAUCGAAUUUUUAAUUGGCGCUGUAAUUUCUGGGUUUUUAAGUAUUCUCAAUGCCGUAAAAUCACUGCUGCCAAAGCCACCAAGGGAUCUGACCGGCGAUGUAGUCUUAGUCGCCGGUGCCUCGUCGACGCUCGGCGAAUCCCUCACUGAGGCAUUCGCAAAGAGUGGAUGUUCCGUGAUCUGUGUGGAUAACAAUCUCAGAUACGUUGAAGAGGUAAUCGCCAGAUUGAAAUCGCGGUAUUGCAAGAUAGAGGGAAUCGGGCCAAAUCAUAGAAAACACGAAUUCAAAAAUGAAAAACCUAUAAUGAUGGCGUAUGAGUGCGAUCUACUGAACCGUAAUGCCAUUCGCGAGAUCGCCAAGAAGAUCGAGAACGAGGUUGGCGGCAUCGACGUCCUGGUGACCUGUGUUGGCCAAUCUAAUCAAGAUAUUUUCGCCAUGGCUAGCACGACUCUCAUGAGCCACUAUUGGAUGAUGCUGACGUUUUUGCCCUUGAUGCUACGACGCAAUAAUAGAGCGUACGUUGUCGGAGUUACACCGGUUGCAUCCACUCAGGAUGCAUACUUUGGCUCGAAAAUAGCGAUCGCCAGCCUGAUGGAAAGCUUAGGUCAGCAAUUGAGCGAUCACAGUAGUCAUCUCACCUUCCUGGCAAUUUCACCGGUAGCUGGACGCGGUUAUACAAGACAAAAAGAGCAACAAGUGGCUGAGGAAGUCGUACAGGCGGUCAGCAGGGACCAAAACGUUAUUAGUAUCAGUUGGUAUUCAAAGAUGCUGUAUAAAAUAAGUUGCAUGAUCCAUAGCGCAAUAAUGACGGUCACACAAUGGUUUCACACGCAGGGAUGCGAUUAUUCCUUUUAAAUUCCGUACUUGCUCAUGGAGCGUGAAGCAUUCCAGUGCCGACCACCGACAUGAGUGUGGGAAUUUGUGUUUUCUGUCAGCGAAUUCGCUCGAGAUGGAUAGCGAAAAAUUUUAAUAGUCGUUUGGAAGACGUGCAACAAGUAGUAUUUCUCACGACUUGUGUAAAUCACAAUAAAUUUAUUCCGAUAUAUUUCAAUUAAUUAU